AACCCGGAAGUGACCCGGCGCGUCCUCUCUCUCCACAGACGCUCUUCGGUGCUGAUGUUGAGCUGUUCCGUCCCGCUAACGUGACUCCACCGGGACGACCUCCGCCUCUGCGACCACGUGUCCGGUCCUGACCCGUGCAGAGAAGAUAUAAGAACUCCAAGGAGACCACUUUCUCCUCUACGACCCGACACCUCGAUGUAAGCCACGUCUUGGGCGUCCCAAAGCUUACAUUUCAUCCCCAGAGUUGUUGGGAAGAGGAACCUGCUUCUGGCUCAGUCUGUAUCAGCGAUGUCCUGUUAUGACAAACCCCUGAGUGUGACUGUUAACAAUAGUUGGAAUCCCUUUGCCUCAGGAUAAAAACCUCAUGUGCCUGCCUGUCUGGGCCUCAUGUGAAGGCUUAGUACCCUGCAUAGCUACCAAGAGCUAACGGUGUCCUGCUGACGUGCAGCAUAGCCGCUAAGCCCAAGUGCUGUACUGCUGUCACUGCAUCUGUGGCGGCAGUUAUGUUUACUGUUGGUCUGGAUUUAACAAGAACUUGUAAUCAAUCUGUAGUACCCAAAAGCAAAUUUUCAACUCUAUUCCACUGGAGCUGACAUUACAAAAGUCAUUCUUGCAGAAGAACCGAAGGGGAGCGACCAGGAGCGAACAGAAACGUCUUCUUCCACCUCAGGCUUUGGUAUUGUUGCGACUGUUGUUCCUAUCCUCCCAAGACCUCUGCCCUAAACCUAACCCUUCAGGAAUAACCACAGCUUCAUUGAGCGGUGCCAUGCCCACCAACCAGUCCUCCUCCUGGGACGGGGCGAACCUUCGGGCUUGCUCCAACGCAGAUAGUCCCACUUCUGCAACUUCCGUUAGUACGCAUGCCAAGACAGUUGUGGCCCCUAAAGUGCCUUUCACUCCGACUUCUCUGGAGCUGUCCAGGAAAAAAGAACAAGCCAAACUUCUCCCCUCAAAUGUUGCCUCGUCUGCUUCCCCCUUGAAGCAGACAACAGCGUCCCCAUCUGUGUUUUCUGUCGGGGAGAAUGGGGACCGAAAUAAAACCAACACCCAGAGCCAAAUCACCACAGUGCCAGAUGGGUCUCCAAACCUGCCACAACAAAUGUAUGGGAUUCAAAACCCAAACCGGGCGCCAGCAACGGGAUUGAAGCAGGCUGGUAGCAGCCUCAAUGAACCCAGCACCCCUUCUUCCAUCCCCCAGAAGGAACGUGAGAUCGGGUUUAAUGUCCAGCUGACGGGUACCAUGCAGGAAUGUAUGUCGCUGCAAACCUCGCGACCAGGAAGCGGUUUAGCGACGAGCAGACGUCCGACUGCCAAAGGUGAUGCACCGCUGAGAUUGGAGCUUCUUUCUUCUGUUUGUCACCAGGACCUGUUCAUCAAAGGGCAGCCCGCUCUGCAGCAAACUAACAAGUUGAUGCCUGAAGCUGCAGACUGUUCCUCCUCGCCAUCAGUGCCUCCUCUAAGCCUUACUUUCUGUGAACAUCAGGGGGCAACAUUGAAAAAGGUCACCUCCAGCUCUGACAGCACAAAAGUAGAGGAAACAACAACAGCUGCAAGAAGGAGGAGCCAUUCAGCCAGAGCACCAAAAUGCCGCCAGGCACAAAACAGCACAACAACAAUAAGUGCUUUAACCAAUCAGUUGGUGGUUAGAGGUCGUCCUCUGACAGCGUUGCCAGCAACUACAAACGGCAAGCUCCAAACCAGCGCAUCACUGGACCUGAACAAGCAGCUCCUAGAAAGUCAGUGUCCACCGGGAAGCACCUUGUCCACAUGCAGAAGAAUCAGUCUCCCAGAAGCCAGUCCGUUUCCAAAUGGCCCCAUGCCAACUGUGCUCAGUGCCAAUGUCAGUGCCACACCGCUGGGUGCCAUCACAGCCGUGGCCUCCAGUCCUGCAGGAGCCUUGGUGGGCUCCGUCACCACCCAGAUCUCCGCCAUCCACCUCACCAAGCAGGGACAGCCGGCCUCCGUGUCCUCUCCGUCUCCAACCCUGUCCUCACCAUCGCCAACAGAGGACUGUCUGGUUGGAGAGACUCAGCUGUCUGGCCAUGACUGUGUUAUGCAGGUGGAUGGAGUUGAGGAGGAGUUUCAUGAUGAGCUGGAAAACGCAUGUAGUGAUGACGACGAUUCCGACUGUUCGUCCAUCAAUGGAACCUCAUCUACAGCCUCCAUCGCUCCCCUUUCUGGUGUCGAGGAGCCGAUGUCAUUGGGGGCCGAAGACGAUCGAGAGGAGAGACCGGCUUUGGUCCCCAGUUUGUUCCCCUUCAUCGCUCCAACGCUCUACUUCAGCACCGCCGAUGAGAAAGUGGAACUGCUGCCGGCAGAACAAAGACGACUGCUAAGAUGGAAGAUAAGCACCGUCACCCCAAAUAUCGUCAAGCACACCAUCGGCAGGUCGCACUUCAAAGUCACCAAGAAAAGCCAUGACUGGUUGGGCUGCUGGGGACACCACAUGAAGUCUCCUCUCUUCAAGGCCAUCGGAGAGCACCAGAAGUUGAACCACUUCCCGGGAACAUUUCAGAUCGGCAGAAAGGACCGUCUGUGGAGGAACUUGUCCAAGAUGCAGGUUCGCUUUGGCAAACAGGAGUUCAGCUUUUUCCCCCGCACCUUCGUCCUUCCUCAGGACAUCAAGCUGCUACGCAAGGCCUGGGAGGACGGUGGCUCCAGGCAGAAAUGGAUCAUCAAGCCGCCUGCAUCAGCCAGAGGAAUAGGUAUCCAGGUCAUCCACAAAUGGAGCCAGAUGCCCCGCAAGAGACCACUACUGGUCCAAAAGUACCUUCACAAGCCCUACCUCAUCAGUGGCAACAAGUUUGACCUGCGGAUCUACGUCUACGUGACCUGCUACGACCCGCUCAGGAUUUACAUCUUCUCUGACGGACUGGUCCGAUUCGCCAGCUGCAAGUAUUCGUCUUCCAUGAAGACUCUGGGAAACAAGUUCAUGCAUCUGACCAACUACAGCGUCAACAAGAAAAACUCUGAAUACCAGAGUAACAGCGAUGACAAGGCCUGCCAGGGACACAAAUGGACUCUGAAGGCCUUGUGGCAGUUUCUUGGUUGUAAGGGAGUCAACACCACUCUGAUCUGGGAGAAGAUUAAAGACAUUGUGAUCAAAACCAUCAUUGGGUCAGAGCCGUACGUCAACAGUCUGCUGAAGAUGAACGUUCGGACACCUUACAGCUGCCACGAGCUGUUCGGCUUUGACAUCAUGCUGGACGAGAAGCUCAAACCCUGGAUCCUGGAGGUCAACAUAUCACCAAGCCUCCAUUCCAACACAGCGCUGGAUGUUGCAGUUAAAGGUCAGAUGAUCAGAGACCUCCUGAACCUGGCAGGCUUCCGUAUUCCCCAAAAAGAUGAUGUGGUCGCCCCCUGCAGUAGUGCCUCCAGCUCCACCAGCAGUCUGUGUUCGUGGACCCGGGAGAGGACCAAGUCAGAUCUGUCUUCCGAUGAGAAGGUCAAACGGGCCUUUUACCUCACCCAGCGCUACGCCGACCAGGACUUCCUCUCUACAGCGCUGGACGUCUUGACCCCAGAGGACGUCCGCGUGCUGGCAGAGAGCGAAGACGAGCUGACUCGUCUCGGACAGUUUGAGCGUAUCUUCCCAUCGCCGGCGUCUUCUCGCUACCUUCGCUUCUUCGAGUGCCCGAGAUACCUCAACAUCCUGCUGGACCAGUGGGAGCAGAAGUACUGGAGCUGCAGGACAAAAGGUAUCAGUCUGCUGACGUCUCUCUGUGAGAAAGGAGUCCAUCUGGGAACCAGUGACCCUCUUCACAUGUGGUCCAAGUCUAGCUACAUCUCAAGGUUUGAGCCCAACGGACAAAACCUUGUUGGCCCAUCCAAAUCGAGGGUGGUGGUCACCCAUCAGCACCGCCCCAAUCAGGACGACUACGACGAUGGUUCAGACAUGGAGGCGGCUUCCUUCUCCAGCCUGCCUGUUUCUCCAAGUCCUGGAUCCAGUGUCACCAGCAGUGCCUGUGCGAGCCCUCAGCCCAGCAUCACCCAGAGCCUGCUGCCCCAUCAGUUCUCUUCUCUCUGAGACUCCUCGGGGUUUGCUAACAUGAUGUUUACUUACCCAGAUCAGACACAAAGCUCAGGGUCUAGGAUUUAACCCUAAAACACCCUUCUAUUGAGCCUUUCAUCUCUAGUAGCUCCAAAACUCGGGAUGAGAAAUGUACUUAGAUCUGUAAAUCUAAGCAAACACUGUAGAAAGGUGUGGGUUUUGGUCUUUAAUAGAAUUGUGGUUAGCUAUCAGAAGAAAGUUUCAACAAUAACUACUAGUUUAAGGGGGUUUUUUUUGCAGGAAAUGUAGGAACUGUUUGGUCUUUUUAGUGCUGAAAUCAAAACAUCUGUUUCAUGGCGGUUUAUCCUUUAUAGAUUUGAUUUAAACCUCUAUAACUGCAAUGCAAGGCACAUAAAAGACCAUACCAGUUAAUUGUUGCCCUAUUUACUAAAAAUCUAUAAUAUGCCAAUUUAUAUUCAAAUGUAUUCUGAGAAGCCAGAGAGUCACUGACAUUGAUGACUGUGCGGUAUUAAAAAUAAAUCAUCCUGCAGUAACUUGAAACAUGCUGGAGAUCCAUAAUGCAUCACAGCGAGCGUCAUGUCUGCUUUUAUUUGUCAAAUUUAAAUCUAUUACAUUGCUUAACCAGGCAAUGAUAAUGCAACUCAUACAACAACAGGAGCGGACAUGACAGGUGUCAGAGUACUACCUUUAUUUUAUUAACAUCAUUAGCAUGUGAACACUCUCAUUAGAGGCAAGUAAAAAAUAUUGUUAUUAGUACGGCAUGGAAAAAAAACACGAUAGGAGAAACAUUCGGGAAAAAAAGUUUAAUAAAGCUCAACUUGGAGUCAUCCAACGAGGCAAAGCUUCAGCCAAUCAAGUACGAGACAGAGAAUAAAAUGAGUCUAAAGAUACAAGUUUGCCUUCUGAUGGGUAUUAAAACUCAUGGAUGGUACUUUGUUACGUCUUCCAUGAAACCCUCGGAUUCCCAUCAGCUGUCACACGCCGCUCCUCACUGGUCCUUGGUAUUGAAAUCUAAACUGUGAAUAGGACACACUGGGUCUUCCUCACACAUUCCUCCACAGAGCAACGUUAGCAUCAGCUGUCGGUUUGUAUGUGUUCUGCACUGGCUUUAGCAAGAACACAACUGCACAGCCAACACUACUUUACACAAUGCAGUAACUAAUGACACUAUAAUGCUGUGAUUUCUCAAAAUGUCGACGACUGUUACUGGUUCGGUGUUAAAAAGACUCUUGAUUGCACAAGUGUCACAUUCCUGGCCUUAUGGACUCAAACCUUUGUGUUUGUGUAGAAGUAGAGAGUUGGAGAGAAAAGGUUUUGCCUUACAGUAGAUUAGAGAUACUUGAAGACUGAUCUUGGAUAACUUAGUCUGACAUGCAUGUCAGUAGACAAAAAGAAAGUUACUUUUUAAAUUUUAACUUAGAGCAGUUAAAUCCGUCAUAUUGCAGUCAUCUCAUAAAAACUACUUUGAAUUUUAAAAAGGGCUUUAUUUUUCUGUGUGAUGAUUUAUUUGACACAAAUGAUAGUAUAUAGAAUAAUAUAGAAUAUUUCUAGUAAGCUGCCAAAUCAAAGUAUAUCCAGUGUACGUUCAUUAACACAAACAUGUGUACAAAGUACCUCUUUAACACUUUAGGUUACUAUUGUAACCCCGGUUCUCUGAGUAGCACGAGUGUAGAAUGCUGUUCAAGAACACUGAUGUUUGAGAGUUUAUGAACAGAGUUGUGGAUUAGGGUUCAGUGUUUGAGGGAUUUCUUAUAGAAGAUAUCUUAUUGUUUCCUCAGGACAAAAGUAUCUACUGUGAGGAGACAAAAGGACACAAAAAAAACUACUACUUGAAGUUUCAAAUGUUUGGGCACACUUUCUCUUAAAGCCAACAUCUAUUGUAAUAAACUGACAGGCAGAACUGGUUGUAGAUGAGAAAAGUGAAGCUAUCACAUGAAAUCAUCUACUUCCUCUUGACCUCAGUGUUUGAGAAUUCUCCAACAAAGUCAUCAUGACACUCUGUUUUAUUAUUUGAAAAGUGAUUCCUGCUGUCAGAAGUUACAGAAAAGUGUGGAACCUUAACUUGUUUACAGAUAAGUUUUAUUAUGUAGCAGACAUUUAUAUUUUAAUGCAAACUUGUAUAAACGAUAAGAUAUAAGAAUUUAAAUAUAGUAAAAUGCUAAUUUUGACAUAGGUCAAUGCGUUUAAAGAAAAAAGGAAGUGAAGUGGAAGCACAAAGUGGAGUCUGGUGGAUUUUCCCUGCUGUACAGAACUCUGUCUGAUCAGAGGAAAAAGAUUCCUUUCAUGGAGCUACUCAAUGCACACGAUAACAGAAGUAGUACUGAGGAAAAAUACUUUAAAAAUACCUUGAAUUUCAAGUAGGACUGGGACUAUUAAUUAUUUCAGUCUCUAAUAAAUAUUUUUAUUAACUCUUGUUAUAUUUAAUUAAUCCCUUAGUCUAUGAAAUUUCAGACAUAUUCAAACUUCUUUGUAAUGUCAACAUUCAAAUUCAAAUACAGAAAUAUACAAUUAAUUAAAAAUACUUUAAGAUGAGAAAGCUGCUGCCUUUUGGGCCCUUGAUGCAUACAAAAAUAUACAAGAAUUAAACUCUUUAAGGAUAAAAUAAUUCAGGAGUCUUCAUGUUAUCAUUUGACAUUUGACUUCCUGUGACGCCUUUAUCAGAUUCUACCACAGCAAAACGGUCGUCACGGCUGCUUUUCAGAGUAUAAUAUGUGUAUUACCCUAAGUUAAAUAAUAACGCUGCAUUUGGAGUUGUUUUUAACAUAACAGAAAUGUUAAACUUCAGUAGAGUUGAUCAUAUUUUUGAACUAACCUGGAAAUUGUAAAAAAUGUAUUCUCAAAAGGGCUGUAUGAAUUGCUCAGGAUGACUAUUUCAAAAUAAAAGUUAU